AUGGAUGUUGUUGGGGAGGUUGUUCUUUCUACUUUUCUUGAGGGUGUGUUGGAUAAGUUGCUUUCUUUGGACUUCUUGAACUUUAUAAGGGGAGGGGAGCUCAAUAAGCCCCUGGAGAAGUUGAAGUUAAUAUUACCCUUUGUUGCUACAGUUGUGAAUGAUGCAGAGGAAAAGCGAUUUGAGAAGCCUGUUAAUGGAGCUUGGCUGAAGCAGCUCAAACAUGUGGUUUACGAUGCAGAGGAUGUGUUGGAUGAGAUUGCAUUCAAAGCAAUGGAAGAUCAGCUGGAACCCAAGUCUCAGAUCAAUAGAAAGGUAUGGGAUGUCUUCUCUAAAUGUCGCAAGAUAAUUUCUGAUACUGUAUGUGGGUUUAAGGAGGGGACAGAAUCCAAAAUUAAUAGAAUCGUUGAUACAUUAGAAUACCUUGUAAAUCAAAAAGAUGUUAUUGGUUUGAGUGAUACUGUUGGGGGGAGUUCAUCUCGAGCAGGACAAAGACUAGAGACAACUUCCUUAUUGAGUGAGCCUCGUGUUUUUGGUAGAAAUGAUGAUAGAGAGAAGAUCAUUCGAAUGUUGGUAUCUGAUGAAAAUGUUAGUUCUAAUGGUGUCUGCGUAAUACCCAUUGUUGGAAUGGGAGGGGUUGGCAAGACAACCCUUGCUCAAUUUGUCUACAAUGACCAUAUGGUGAAGGAGCAUUUCGACUUGAAGGUGUGGGUUUGUGUGUCUGAUCGAUUUGAUGUCAAAAAGCUAACUAAGACUAUACUUGAGUCAAUUAGCCCGGACACUCGUGUAGCAAAUGAUUUGAAUAGUCUACAAGUGAAUCUGCAGGAGAAAUUGUCUGGCAAGAAGUUCCUCCUCAUUCUAGAUGAUGUAUGGAACGAGGAUUAUGAUCAAUGGAUUGCCUUUCGAAAGCCUUUUAUAACUGGUUUACAAGUUUCCAAGAUUUUGAUAACUACAAGGAAUGUGGGUGUUUCAUCAAUCAUGCGCACUGUCCCCGACCACUAUGUUGAGCAAUUGCCAGAAGAAGAUUGCUGGUCGUUGCUUAGGCAACAUGCAUUUGAGAAUGAAUCUAGCAUAAAUCCACAGCUGGAGUUCAUUGGCAAGAAAAUUGUGAGAAAAUGCAAAGGUUUGCCCUUGGCAGUAUCCAUAAUCGGUGGUCUUUUGCGAUCCAAAACUAAUAUUGACAAUUGGGAAGAUUUAUUGAACAGCAAAUUCUGGUCCAUAUCUGACAGUAGGGGAAUUCUACCCGCUUUAAGCUUGAGCUAUCUUCAUCUCCCUGCUGCUUUGAAACAAUGCUUUGUCUACUGCUCAAUAUUUCCAAAAGAUUAUGAAUUUAAAGUGGAUGAGUUGGUAUUGCUAUGGAUGGCAGAAGGUUUUAUUCCGCAGCUGAAGGGAGUGAGACUAGAAGACAUGGCUAGAAGAUACUUCCUCGACCUGUUAUCAAGGUCAUUUUUUCAGCAUUCAGUGACCUGCAAAUCAGGGUUCAAAAUGCAUGAUCUUGUUCAUGAUCUAUCUAAAUCUCUUUCUGAAGGGAUGUGUUUUAGGAUGGAAGAUAUGUUUGAAGCUGAACAGCACUAUCCAAUUCCUGAAAAUGCUCGCCAUUUGUCAUACGUUCCUGAUUAUUAUGAACCAUUCACAAAAUUUGGGGCCUUGGGAAAAACUGAGACUUCUCUACGAACAUUUCUUCCGCUCGGUAGAGGAAGAAGAUUUAGCUACUUGCCUGAAAUGGCAUUACUUGAAUUGUUGCAAAAACUAAAUCGCAUUAGGGUCUUCUCUUUGAAUGGCUAUCAAAUUGUUAGUUUGCCAGAAUCAAUUGGAAAUUUGAGACAUCUGCGAUAUCUGGAUUUAUCCUACACUUCAAUCAGAAAUUUACCUGAAUCAACAGGUACCCUCUAUAAUUUACAAACAUUGCUGUUGAUCGGUUGCCAAUCUCUGAUUGAGUUGCCUACGAACAUGGGAAAACUAUUGAACUUGCAAUAUCUUGAUGCUAGUCAAAGUGGGUUAAUGAAGAUGCCACAUGGAAUUGGAAGAUUGAUAAAACUUCAAAGGUUAUCUAAUUUCAUCAUAGGAAAGAAUAAUGAGACUGGGAUUAGGGAACUGAGAGACUUAUCACUUCUCCAGGGAAGCCUUAUAAUUUCAGGGCUGCAAAAUGUUCUUGAUCCUUUGGAAGCCAUUGAAGCCAGAUUUGAAAAAAAGCAUUACCUGUCGGCCUUGGUGUUAGAAUGGAGUAGAGAUAUUCAUACCUUAGCAAAGGGGGGUUCUGCAGAGAAGCUGUUAAACAUUCUACUAUCAAACAUGAAGUUGAAAGAUUUGAUGGUUAGAUACUAUAGUGGUAAAAUCCUUUUGGAGCCAGCUUCUGGCUUUGUUGCAUUGGAAAAGCUGACUAUUGAGGAGUGUGAUAAGCUGACUUCUGUACAAAGGCUUCAAUCAACUGGCAUCUUUGAAAAGGAAACUUCCUUGUUCCCUUGUCUUCAUGAACUUUCAAUCAAACACUGCCCCAAGUUGAGAAAUUUACCUAAACACCUUCCUUCCUUGGUACAGCUUAAGAUAACAGGAUGCAUGGAGUUGGUUGAGCUUUUUCCAGAGAAAGGAGAAGAGAUGCAAUGCCUCACAGAAAUUUCAAUACAGAAAUGUCCGAAGUUAAGAAAAUUGCCUACCAAACUUCCUUCCCUUGUCCAACUUAAUAUCGAUGGAUGUUUACAGUUGCAUGCUCUUCCAACGUGUUCAUUGAUUCGUAACCUAAGACUGCAAGAAUGCAAUGAGAUGUUGCUAAGAAAGGCCGUUGGUCUCCAUUCACUUACCUCGCUUUAUCUUUGCAAAAUUCAGAAACUGAGAUGUUUGCCUAAAGGUGCUUUGGAACAGUUAAUGAUGCUUGAAGAUUUAGAAAUACAUUCUUGUGAUUUGCUUAGGCUUUCAUCUGAUGAGGUCAGUUUGCAAAAUCUUGUUUCUCUUAGAAGAUUGGCCAUUUCUGAUUGUCCACAAAUGGAGCAUUUUCCAUGCCAACUGCAUACCCUCACAACUCUCAAGAAAAUGGAGAUUUGGGCUUGCCCUCGUCUUAGGCUUUCUACAAAUACAAGGUUGCCAUCAUUGAUUCAAGAUAUCUGGAUUAGUUGUGAUGCAAAGUCAUUGCCUUUAGAGAUGAUAUGUUGCUCGUCCCUUGAAAGAUUAAGUGUUUGGAAUUCUCAUUGCCUCACAUCCCUUCCAGGAUGCAAGUUGUCAAGCUCAUUAAAAAUGCUUACGAUCAGGAUGUGCUCAAAGUUAGAGUUCUUACCUAAGGAAAUGAUGCAUUGCAACAGUUCUCUUGAAUCCUUGUUGAUCGAGUCUUGUGAAUCUCUUCAAUCUCUUGGUUUACAAGCCUUCACACCCGACACUGCCACCAGUCUUAAAGAACUUAAAGUUAUUGGUUGUGGGAAUUUGAAAUCUUUUCCUGAGGGUCUACAUAAUCUCACUUCACUUUGUUCAUUGACCAUUAUAUCUUGUCCUGGUCUUGUGUCCUUCCCAGAUGGGGGGUUCCCUGUAGCCAACUUGAGAAAGAUUCAAAUCAGCCAAUGCUAUGAGCUGAGGUCACUGCCGGUGCAUGGUGUUUCUUCACUUCAGGACCUAACUAUGAGAAGAUGUCCGAAUCUCUAUUCAUUUCCUGAAGGACCACUGCCAGCUAAGCUUGAACGUCUUUUGAUUGAUAGUUGUGGAAAUCUCAACAGCAUUUCUCGAUGGGGGUUUGAAAGACUCGCAUGCCUCAAGAAUCUUAGCUUUAUUGGUUGUUCUACUGAUCGUGAGGUCUUUAUGGAAGGGUUUCUUCCCUCCACUCUUGUCACUCUUUCAAUUAAAAACUUGCCAACAUUGAAGGUUUUUGACAAGGGACUACAGCAUCUCAACUCUUUGAAGUAUCUGAGAAUUGUGAGAUGCCAUAGUCUAUCAGCCUUGCCAGAGGAGAUGCUGCCUGCUAAUCUUUGCUUCCUUCAAAUUGUGGAAUGUCCUAGUGUGAAAAGGCAUUACGAAAUUAACAAAAGGAAUGGCAUACAGCAAUAUUCUCGCAUCUCGUGCUUAUGUUGGGAGGAAGAUUUCUAG